GCGCGAGGUUCAGUCGACUCCGGACGGUUUCCAGCCAAAGGAGCUCAGAGAUAUUUCAAGUGAGUGCACCGGAUCCACGAUGGCAACUUAUGCUGCGUACAGGCACAUCGAGCUCGACAACGUGGGCUAUGGAAAAAAGAGGGUGCUGAAACCACCAGGAGGAGCUUCAAGCGAUAUCUUCGGCGUGAGUGGUGCUGAGCAGACUACACGCCCUUGGAAAGUGAAGAAUCACCAGAUGUCUAACGUGUUGAUGAACGACGAAGUCGACAAAGCUCCAGCGACACCGACCACACCUGGUAAAAACUCACACCUCCGCCUCUUCGGUCCGCCUUCCCCACCCAAGCAGACACCGAAGAAGAACGGUGCAAAGUCCUCAGUUGGCAACAUCAUCACAACCGACCAAAAUAACGGGCAUCACUUAGAAUCUCAGAACGGCGACGUUCACGAUUCUCCCAAGGAAGAACUCCAAAACGGUAACAAAUCUCCCCAGAUGAAUGGAAAUGGAAAUGGACACGGACUCGGAAACGGAUCUGCGUCGACAAACGGCCACUCGAACGGCGGCACCGCACCCAGGGCCAGAGUCCCCCCGGGCGGCUACUCCAGCGGUCUUUGGUGAACAACGACGUGGACGAAAAACGGAUGGAAAGCCGGAGACGGCCUGAAACACGACAAAAAGCCUUUUCUACUUUGUACAACUUUCCAUCCGAUUUUUCAACUAUUUCUCCUGAUCGACUUGUUUAAAUUGUACACCAUUCAAUUCUGUCGGAUAAUUUAAAUGCAAAAUAAUUUAACUUAUAUUAAUCAACUAUACUCGUAAGGCUGAUUUUUCUUGUGCCUUCUUAAGAUAUAUUGUUUCAUCUCAUCUUUCUUUCUUUUCUUUACUUUUUUUUUUGUAUGAAUGCUUCGUUUUCCCCAUCUCUUUUCGUAUGAACUUUUUAGAAGUACAUCAUCAUAGUGUUUAAGUAUCAUCCU